AUGAUGACGAAGAAGGAAGAUCAACUUUCCCCAGUCAAUUCUCUUGGCCAGGCCCGCGAAGGCCAAAACCUGACCCAUGAUGCCGUCUUUGGGGAGAUUUCAGAGGACGGCCCUAACUACCGUAAUGUUGGGUGGAUUGUCACUGCAGCUCUCAUGAUGAAGACUCAGAUCGGACUGGGAGUUCUUUCGAUUCCAAUUGCUUUUGAAAGCUUGGGAAUAGUUCCAGGGGUCAUCAUCCUGGUCAUUAUUGCCGUCAUUACAACGUGGUCAGACUAUAUGAUCGGAGUCUUCAAACUGAACCAUCCCGAGGUUUACGGCGUUGGAGAUGUUGGAAAGAUGAUCUUUGGCCAGCCUGGCAUGUGGUUUCUUGAGAUCGUUUUCGUCCUCUAUUGGGUCUUUGUCUCUGGCUCUGGCAUGCUGGGCGUGUCCAUCUCAUUGAAUGCCAUUUCAAGCCAUGCUACCUGCACGGCAGCCUAUGUUGCAGUGUCUGCUGUAAUAGGGCUCAUCCUUAGCAGUAUACAGACCCUGGCCAAGAUUGGCUUCAUGGCCUGGGGAGGCUUGUUUUGCAUCUUGACAGCAAUUCUCAUUGUGACUAUCGCGGUCGGAGUUGAGGAUCGGCCAGCAUCAGCACCGCAGAAUGGCUCCUGGGUACCGGACUAUAAGAUCAUCGCCAGUCCCUCGUUUACCGACGCCAUUACAUCUGUCUCUUCGAUCGUCUUUGCAUUCUCCGGCACACCCUCCUUCUUCUCCAUCGCCUCAGAAAUGCGAGAUCCGCGGAUGUACACCCGCUCGCUGAUGAUUUGUCAAAGCGUCGUCACAGCAGUGUAUAUCACGAUCGGAUGUGUUGUUUAUUAUUUCUGCGGCUCCUACGUAGCAUCGCCCGCCCUCAGCUCAGCAGGGCCUUUGGUAAAAAAGAUCAGCUAUGCCUUUGCUCUACCUGGUCUGAUUGUCACCCUGACUAUCGUGACUCAUGUGCCCGCCAAGUACAUUUUCCUUCGCGUCAUGCGAGGCUCUCCGCAUCUCACUUCCAGCAGCAUCCGGCACUGGGCCGCAUGGCUGGGGUGCACAUCUGGUGUGACCAUAGUAGCUUAUGUGAUCGCAAGUGGUAUUCCGGUUUUCGACGGCUUGGUAUCUCUCAUUGGCGCUCUUCUAGGUACGCUCAUGUGUUUCCAGCCAAUGGCCUGCAUGUGGUUAUACGAUAACUGGUCACAAGGAAAGACAGCAAAGUCACCACGAUGGGUAGCGAUGGUUAUCUGGAGCGGGUUGGUCUUGUUGAUAGGGACCUUUUUGAUGGUCGCGGGCACGUAUGGCUCUGCGGUCAGCAUCGCCCAAAGCUAUUCGAAAUCUAGUGGAUCGGGGGCUUGGUCGUGUGCUGAUAACGCAUUGUGA